CACCAUGUUGGCCAGGAUGGUCUCAAUCUCUUGACUUCGUGAUCUGCCCUCCUUACCCUUCCCCGCGCCUGUCCUGGAUUUCAUUUUUCUAAGCUGGGUUUGAUGGAUGGCUCUGGUGAUUUGAGAUGGGCCAAAUUCGGCAUCUUGGAGACAGAGUUUGGCCAAUUUAGUGUGGAUCAGCUGGGGGCAACCUGACCUCAUUAGUUUCUCAUUCUCCCUCUGGGAACAGUGUACUUUCUAGGUGAUGUUCUCAUGGUAAAUGGAAAGAGGAAGAAUCUCCAGUAUGGAAGCCAUCUCAAAUCUCUAUGCAAAGUGCAGUAAUUUUCUGUUUAUGAAAGUAAGUUAAAUGGUUGAACUCCAAGUUCAGGCGCAAGGUAGUCAGUCUUCCUGCAAUGGGAGUAUGCUGCGAGAUUAUCUAUCAAAGAGCCCGGUACUCAGGAAUUCUUAUAAAAUUGCUAAAUAUUUUAUAUGAUAAUAAAUAUUCAAACAUUAGACUUCACAGAAACUUUACCAAAGUCCUAAGAAUUAGAUAUGUGUUUGAUAAAUAAAUAUCAUUCAUGCGCUGAAAACUGUGAGUGUGAGAAUAGGACUAAUUUCAUCUGGAUAACCUCUUGGAAACUCAUUUUUUGUUUUGGAAGUUACAGGAAAAUAAUUUGUUCCAUUCAUAAGCGGUGUGCCCAUGCGUGCAUAUGUAUGUGUAUUUCUGAGCUUGUGACUAAUGAAGCUAUACAAAAGUAUUAGCAGCAACCAGAUCUUAUGGAGUACUGGCCUGCCUGUGGUUCUCAAGAAAAUCUUAGAUGCUUUUGCUAAAAGCAGUUUGGAUUCUGCGUAUUUAAAUCUGGCAUUUAAAAUGUCAAUAUAGGUGAUGAUCUUAGUUAAGAACAAGCUCCCUUUAAGAAUUUAGACAUUUACUGUAUAAACUACGUACUGGAUUAUAAAACUUCCCUAACAACUGAAGUCGUUAAAGACAAAUGAUGGAUAGCUUACACAAGGAAAAAUUGCAAACACUGAAAGAGAAUAUGCUCCUAUUUGUGUACUAGCAAAUGAGGAUUCAGGUUUCCUGUCAAUUUCAGUAUGAAUAAUUCCAGCCUAUAAAAGGAACAGACAAUGAAUGAAUGAGUUAAUUUGAAUUGUUUGAAAAUAAGAAUGUUUUCCAUAAAGAGAUCACUGAACUCAUCAAUUAACAUGCCAUGGUGAUUUCUGGCUUGACAGUGGUCACAACAUUUAAAAGUAAAAAGAAUGAGCAAGCACAUUCACAAAUUAGGUGCAUAUAGAAUUUAAGGUCAGGAUAUUCAAGCAAUCACAACCAGUCAUAUUUCAUUGAGAGGUGAAGCCAGCUGGACUUCCUGGGUCGAGUGGGGAUUUGGAGAAGUAUUCUGUAGCCAGCAUGGGGAUUGUAAAGUGCACCAAUCAGUGCUCUGUGGCUAGCCAGAGGAUUGUAAAAUGCACCAAUGAAUCCUCUGUAAAAGGCACCAAUCAGCGCUCUGUAAAAUGCUUCAAUCAGUACUCUGUAAAGCGCACCAAUCAACAGGAUCCAAAAAGUAGCCAAUCACAGGGAAGACUGAAAAAAGGGCACUCUGAUAGGACAAAAACUGAACAUGGGAAGGGACAAAUAAGGGAAUAAAAGUGGCCAUUCCAGCCGGCAGCAAAAACCCACUGAAUGCUGUGGAAGUAUUGUCCUGUUGUUCUUCACAAUAAACCUUGCUACCGCUCAGUCUUUGGGUCCAUGCUAUCUUUAAGAGCUGAAACCUGGCUACUGCUCAAUCUUUGGGUCCAUGCCAUCUUUAAGAACUGUUAACACUCACUGCAAAGGUCCGUGGCUCCAUUCUGGAAGUCAGUGAGACCAGGAACCCACCUGCAGGAACCAACUCCAGACACAACAUCAGCAUUUAAAAAUUUUCUUUUUGUUUGUUCAGACAUGAUAACUUUUCUACCCAUCAUUUUUUCCACUCUAGUAGUGGUUACAUUUGUUAUUGGAAAUUUUGCUAAUGGCUUCAUAGCACUGGUAAACUCCGUUGAGUUGGUCAAGAGACAAAAGAUCUCCUUUGCUGACCAAAUUCUCACUGCUCUGGCGGUCUCCAGAGUUGGUUUGCUCUGGGUAUUAUUAUUAAAUUGGUAUGCAACUGUGUUGAAUCCAGCGUUUUAUAGUGUAGAAGUAAGAACUACCACUUACAAUGUCUGGGCAGUAACCAACCGUUUCAGCAACUGGCUUGCUACUAGUCUCAGCAUAUUUUAUUUGCUCAAGAUUGCCAAUUUCUCCAACCUUAUUUUUCUUCACUUAAAAAGGAUUAAGAAUGUCAUUCUGGUGAUGCUGUUGGGGCCUUUGCUCGUUUUGGCGUGUCAUCUUUUUAUGGUAAACAUGAAUGAGAUUGUACGGACAAAAGAAUAUGAAGAAAACAUGACUUGGAAGUACAUAUUGAGGAAUGCGAUUUACCAUCCAGGUAUGACUGUAACCACGCUACAGAACUUAGUACCUUUCACUCUGACCCUGAUAUCUUUUCUGCUGUUAAUCUGUUCUCUGUGUAAACAUCUGAAGAAGAUGCAGCUCCAUGGCAGAGGAUCUCAAGAUCCCAGCACCAAGGUCCACAUAAAAGCUUUGCAAAUUGUGAUCUCCUUCCUCUUGUUAUGUGUCAUUUACUUUGUGUCUGUAAUUAUAUCAAUUUGGAGUUUUGAGAGUCUGGGAAACAAACCUGUCUUGAUGUUCUGCCAAGCUAUUAAAUUCAGCUAUCCUUCAGCCCACCCAUUCAUCAUGAUUAGGGGAAACAAGAAGCUAAAGCAGACUUUUCUUUCAGUUUUGUGGAACGUGAGGUAUUGGGUGAAAGGAUAGAAGCUUCAAUCUCCAUAAAUUCCCAAGAGGGGCAUUGUGUGUCUUCUAGCAGAAAACAAACUGGUGGUGUAUGAAACAUUUUCUAUUUCUUACUGUGUUUUCUGUAAUGUAUGUGUAUGAGUAAUUUCCAGACAUAUACCUAGAAAAGUCUUUCACCUAAAAUUAGUCAAAAGAAGUGUAUAUGUGUGUGUGUGUGUGUGUGAUUUAUAUGAAAAACUUAAGAACACUGACAAUAACAUAUGCUUUUUUGUUUUUUCACAUGAACUGCCAAAUUAUACAAAAUAUGACAAAAAUUACUCAGAAUUCCGAAGCCAUGGUUUUCAUUUAUGUAUUUUAUAUUUAAUUUGUAGAAUUUACAAUGUCUAUUUAUAAUUAUUAAGAAAUAACAGCUUAUCUCACGGAAAAUAUUGCUGUUUUCUAUUGUUGUUUGAUCCACGCAAAUAUACCACAAUGUGCUUAGAAUUCGUUGUUUGAACAUCUAACUUUUUGGAUGGUAAGGUCAUUCAAUUCUAAAUCAAUAAUGAGAAUGCAUCUUUGAGGUUUUAUUACAUUAUGAAUUCCUGUUUUAUUUAGUAAAAAGCAAUCAGAAUUAUUGAUAGAAAACAAUGCCCACAAAAAACUUCGAGUGACGAGCAUAUGUAGAGUAAAUUUCGUCUAUGUCUACCAUAAACAGUACUGAGGAAUAUUAGAUUUAAUAACAAGUAUGUGAAUAGCUUAGAAGAAAAUCUCUUUGGUAAUAAAGGGAUGAAAAUUCAUGAUCAUGAUCUUGAUUGCUAUUAUCAUUUUCCAUAUGCAGUUAGAAAUGUCAUUUCUUCCAGCUUUUGAAUUAAAGAAAAACUGUUUUUGAAUUGAGAUCUGAUGCAAAUUGUUUUAGUAUUUUUUUCUAAAGCACUUCUAAGCCCUUGAUUUGCUAAAUAUAUCCUUAUCUUCCAUUUAUAAAAUUCCUUCUAAACUUCAGAUAGGAGAACUCAAAUCACUUCUCUAAAAAAAAAAAAAAACUAUCAGUGUAAAAGUAGUAUAGCAAUGAUGGAAAAUAAUUCAGUGGAACUUUUUGUAAAUGUUAAUAUAGUAUCGAUGAAAUUAUGUAUUAACUAUGGAGUGUGCCUUAACGUUAUAAUUUUGUUGUCAGUAAUGAAAAUGUUUUGACAUAUUCACUAAUAAAAAGUUCUACUAUAAGAAAGAAAUUUACAGUUUUGUUCACAGCUAAAUUGUAUAUGAAGGUAUUAGUUGUUUGUAUUAUGAAAUUUUAACGAUGUUAUUUAAACCUCAAGAUAAAUCAUCCCCACAGCUGAUUUAUGUAUUUUUUUAAUCAUAUAUCUUCCUCAAUACAAUGUAAGAACUGUAAAAAAGCAGAUCAUGUCUUCCUUGCUUUCUGUUGAUUCACAGGUUCUAGAACCCAGUACCAAGUGUAGAUGUUCAAAAAUGAUGUUUUAAUGAACAAAUAAAUGGGUGGAUAAAACGGAUAAGUUGAUGUGGUAAACCAAUUAAAAAAUGAAAAGUAAACUCAUCACAAAAUCUGCUUGGACCAGAGCCUAUAUCUUCUGUAGAGCCCUCUUUUAUUCCGGGUUCCACUCGAGACCGGUAGCCUUUUGAAACUUCGUUAAUGAGUCAGAGCAAUAUUUUCAAAUGUGGAAUAUGUUGGCUCCAAAAUCCCAAUAGGCCCCCAAAAUAUUGUGUCUCUUUUGUAGUGAUAGGAAAUAUAUAGAGCAAAACAUCUGUAAUAAAGAUUGUUUCGACGUGUGGACUGGGGACACUGAACGCUUUAAAAUAUCACCUAUGUUGUAGGUCCCUGAAUCUUCUCGGGUUUAUUUAUUUUGUUCUGGUAUUUUACUUCCAUUCAACAUUAGGGUAUUUUACUAUAUUUAAGAAACUUGCCACUUCCUGAUUA